UUUUAAUAAAUUCAACGUACAUGCCUCAAUCUGAGUACUGGCCAUUUAAUAAGCCCGUAGAGAACAGUGAUGACACGGGAGAACCCUCUUUCUUACAAAAGCAGGUAGGUGUUAUGGAGGACGAGAUGAAGGAAAUGCAGAUGGAAUUAGCUGCAAUGAAACGCGAUAGAUUAUAUUUGAAUAAUCAGAAUCCAACCUGUGGAAUAGAAUCUGUUACGGAUAAAGAUUUAGCCCUAUAUGAAGGUUCAAUGAAAUCUCACGGCGAAAUGGAUUUUAAUACCAUUCCUCAGAUAUCAAGGUUACGUGAGGAGUUAAUAAGAGCUAAAAAUGCAGCAGACGAGGAAAGGUUUGAGAGAGAAAAAUACGAACAUAAACUCAAAGACCUGGAACUAAAACUCAAUAACAUAUGCAGUCCUGAAAUUAUGAAUGAGUCGCGGAAAUUUCCCAACGAUGAGAUAACGACGUUGAAGAAGCAGCUUCGUGAUAUGAGAGAAGAAAGUGAAGAAUUAAAAAUGUCACUCAAUGAGAAAAUGGAAGAGUCUCAAGAAUAUCGUGUUAAAUAUCUCCAAGCUCAGCAGCAAGUCGAAGAGAUGAAACGUCAGAUCGAUGUCAUUGAAUUCGAUAAUAAACAAGUUUCAGAUCAAAUACAAAUUGAAAUACAAAAGAUGAAGAUGCAGUUCCAAGAAAAACUUCAAGAAUUAGCCCCUUUACCAGAUCUACUGAAAGGUGCUCAAAUCCAGCUCCAAGAAGCGAAGCAGCUACAAAAGUUGGCUGAAGACAGCUCUGAGCAGCUUUCAAAUGAACUUCACCGGGUGAAGGAAAAGCUCGUGAUCGCGGUGAAUAAUUUUAACAUGGAAAAAGCAGACAGGAUGAAGUUAAUCGAAGAGAAUAAAGCACUGAGAUUGGAAACUGAUGACAAGCAAAGGGAAAUUGAUGAACUGUCGAAAAAUAUAGAUGAUAACAAAUGCGUAAUACUUCGCUUACAAGAGAAACUUUCUCAACUAGAGAUGAGAUACAAGGAAAAAGCAAUAGAAUGUUCACAAUUGCUGAAAGAUUUGGACGAGCUGAGACUCGAGGGUAGCAGAUCACUAACGAGAAGUAAAGAAAGAUCGGAUUCAAUGAGACGAUACAUGCAAACCCAGGUGUCAGAGCUAGAGAGGCAGCUGAUACAAAGCAGAGCCCAGUGCAGGGCGUGCCAGAAAGAGAGGGAUGAUGUACGUCAACGUAUGCAAAUCCAAGUGAAUAAUCUACAAGAGAAUCUCGAAGUUGUCGAAAUAAGACUCCGAGCUCUUCAAAGUCAAGUCGCGGCUCUGAAAAAUACCUACGCCAUAAUUUUAGCAGACGAUGAUGAUAACUGUGACGUCACAAAAAUCAUAACUACCUAAGGUACUUAAGGAACAGUCGUGGCUUCAUAUA